GAUAUGUUUUAGGGUAACAAAAGUGGAGUCUCUUACGGAAGCCAAUUCGAUGCGUAAUAUCAUUGAGCAAAUAUUGAAUUUUAGUUUAGGUGCUAGUUUCGGUAGAAUUGCUCCACAAGACAAACAAAGUAUAGGAUCAAAUAAUGGAGGAGGCAGUUUUGCAUAGGUUAAUGUUUCGUUUUUGGUACAACCAGAUCAAUACAGAUCAUCUGUUGGUCUGGAAGAAGGCGUAGUCCCUAUUCAAAUAUAUGAAUAUUAAGAACCUUCAAAUUAAAAAGGGGUAUUUUUCAGAAGUAGUGGGGACUUUGAAAUGCAAUUUGAGGAGAUACGAAUGGAUCGAUUAAAUAUUGAUUAGCAAUAGAAAGUGGAAGAGGAUGCCUCAUAAUUGCAAAAAAACAGUUAGAGAUCAUCAAGUGAAUUCGAAAUGAAAAUAUGUAAUAAUCUAAAUCUAAACCAAAUGUAGAAUCUGCAUAACAAAUCAGCAAUAAUUUUAAACCAGAGAUCAACCAGAACAUUAUUGAAGAAAACAAGAAUCUCUUUAAUGUCAAUAUCUCAAAGAGCAUUUACACAAACAAAAUAACAUAGCUUGUUGAAUAGACCUAAUAGAAAAUGACCUUAUAAACCAGAAAUCAAUCACACACUCAUCUAUCGUAAUCAUUUAAAUUUUAUUAUUUUAGAAAAAGUCAAUAAAAACUCUAAAGGAAAUCACCCAAUUUAUAAAGAGAUCAAUCAGAUUUUUCGUCAGAUUUUAAUCAAUAAAAUAGCAACGAUCCUAAUCAAGAUCCAAUUCAAUAAAAAUUGGCUAAAAAUAGGGAAUCAGCUAGAAAUUCAAGGGCGAGAAAGAAGAUUUAUUAUGAAUUAUUGGAAGUGAAAGCUUCAGAAUUGCAGAUAGAAGUGGAUUCACUUAAAUAAUAGAUUUAAAAUUAAUAAAAGUAUACAGAAAUCUGUAAUAAAUCUUAAGAAAAAGUAUUUUACUCUAAGAUUAUUAGUUUUAAAUGUUCUUAGAAUAAUAAUAAUUAUUAUUUGAUAAAUUGGAAACCUAUCUAAUUAAAAAUAAAGACAAUAUUGAAAUAGGAAUGAUUUUAGAUGCCUUAAGAUAUAGGACUAAUUCAAAUAGUUAGGAAAGAAAUGAUGCUGCCAGAAAUCACUUUGAUUAAAUGGUAGAAGUCUGUCUUCCCAUUCAAACUAGAUACUUGAUAUAUGCAUUAGAAAAGAACAAAGACUUUUUUGCUUAACAACCAAAGUAUUUUAUUUAAUUUCAAUACCAGUGAUUAUUCUGAUUGGAUGGUCGAUUCAUUCUAAAAGACUGAUAUCAAGCCAGAACAAAUUGUAAAGGUCAAGAGGAUGAAAACUAAGCUGCAAAGUGUUAGGAAUAAUAUAUCAGAGUAUCAUUAAUAACAAAUUUAGUUCGAUACAUAAAAUCAAAGAGUAAUUGAAGUUAAUAUAGAGUGAAGCCUUGAAGGUCGAUUAGAUGUGGGAAUAAUUGAAGGAAUGUCUAACACCUAUCUAAUUGGGAUCAUGCAUAUUGGCUAUGAGAUAAGUAUAAUCUUAAUUAAAUAAUAAGAAUCAAUACAGACAAGAGUUAUAAACUUCUUCAUUAUUUUUGCAACUCAAAAACUCUCAAAUGGUACUAAUCUUUCAUAUAAUCAUAAUAGUCAGAUGAAGAAGAAGUGUAUGAUACUCCUGACUAAUUUACUGUUCCAAACAAUAGAAAACUAAUAAAGAAAUCAUAGAACUGA